UACAGAUGCUAGCAUAAGAUAGUAGUACAAAGAGUCUGCCUGAUGUAGGCAGGAAUGAGCGGAGGUGCAAUAUUAACCGGAGUCUGCAGUCAUUGUAAAUCUUUCUGUAAACCACACGCCAUCAUGGUAGCAUGCAAGGGGAUCUGGACACAGAAUUUCUGGAAAGCGGUUUCCGGGGAGUUUCUCGCAACAAUGAUUUUUGUUAUGAUAAGCUUGGGAUCUACAAUCAACUGGGGUAGAAAUGAUAGCACCCCACCUCCUCUUAUUGCACUCUGCUUUGGACUCAGCAUUGCUACCAUGGUUCAGUGCUUUGGGCACAUAAGUGGAGGGCACAUUAAUCCAGCAGUAACUGCUGCAAUGGUCUGCACCAGAAAACUUAGCCUUGCCAAAUCUGUCUUCUACAUUGUUGCUCAGUGCUUGGGUUCCCUUGUUGGAGCAGGACUUCUGUACUCUGUCACACCUCCUGAUGUGCUGGGUGACAUGGGAGUUACUAUGAUAAACUCCCAACUUUCUCCAGGUCAUGGAUUGUUGAUUGAAAUGCUUAUUACAUUCCAGUUAGUUUUCACGAUUUUUGCUUCCUGUGAUGAGAAACGCCAUGAUCGCAGUGGUUCUGCGGCUUUAGCCAUAGGAUUUUCGGUUACUAUUGGCCACCUUUUUGCAAUACCUUACACAAGUGCCAGCAUGAAUCCUGCUAGAUCAUUUGGACCUGCAGUUAUUAUUGGAAAAUGGAAAGACCAUUGGGUGUAUUGGGUGGGGCCAUUGAUGGGUGGAAUUAUUGCUGCAGCUCUCUAUGAGUUCCUGUACUGUCCUGAUCCGGACAUAAAACGCCGACUACAGGAAGUGUUGUCUAAAGCUUCCCAGCCAUCUUCUAGAAAGUACACAGAAGUGGAUGACAAUCGAAGCCACCUGGAAGCCGAUGACCUAGUUAUGAGACCUGGAACUGUUCAUUCCUUUGAUAUGGACAGGGGUGAUUCUAGAAAAGAUCGAGAUCCUGCCAAUGACAGUCUGCCAUGUGUAUGACUAGCACCUGGCACUGAAAACAAAGAAGAGUCACCUAAAACAACUAGGUUUUCCUUGUUACCUGUUAAAGAAACUGAUCUCCUGUGAAUAAUUACCUGUCCUGAAAUGAAAAAUGAGUGUUUUUGUUGGAUUCUGCUGACAAGCCACAAUUCUGCUAUAACAAAGACAUCUGGAAAUUGAAUGGAAUUUAGAAUGCUCUAGAAUAUUGUCUGAUGCAAAAAUGUUAUUUCCUCAGGGUAACAAUUGUAAUUAUACAAUCCUUAAUCAGUCUGUAGAUGUAUGCUUCGCACAUAGGGAGUGGUAGGUUGGUGGGCUCAAAGGAUAAAUAAUUGUUUUGCUUUUGCAUAUCCUUGUAGUGUUUUUUUAUGGGAAGACGUUUGCAUAAUAACAAAGUGUAUCAUCUCUUUUACCACUGCUCAUUCCUGAUGUGUGCCAUAAAAUGGUAUAUUCUAAUGAGUUACAAAAGGAAUGAAGUAUAAAAACACAGUACCUUAACAAUAAGUUUUUAGUCACUGCCUAAACCAUACAAGGAAAAUCUUAUUUUGCUGAGCUUGCAGUGGUAUUUAAAAAAAUAUCAUAGUGAAAUAACCCACUGAUGUAGAUGAGUGAAUGAUGGCUAAUUUUAAAAAAUAUUCUUGCCACAGCCUGUGGGUAUUACGACUGCAAAUUGAACUAAAAGACAAGUAUUUAUAUUCACUCUUUUACUGAUACAUUUCUUACCUUUAUUUGCUGCUUGGAUACAUGCUAUGUAAACGCCUGAUGUAAAUGAACAAGUACUAACAGACACAUCUGUUCACUCCCUUUCCAACAGAAAUACAGAGAACCCAUAUAUCUAUUUAGUUGCAUGAUUGAACAUGAAUGACCAAGCUAGCAAAGGACAGGAUAAUUCACAUUUUAGUGUAAGUAAGACCAGUCUACUGUUUUCAGUGCCUUCAUGAAUACCCUACUUUUAGAUAUUGAUGUUGACCCCCUGAACAGCCAGUGUAAGUUUGAGGACUAGAAGUAUGAUUCUUUUAAAUGUGAGAACAUGUGUCAGUUUUGGGGAAAUUCUAUUCCAUGUCUGAAAUGGCUGUGUCUUGAACACAUAACUUUUCUCCAAGGUACAAUGAUCAUGGAAUUAUUAUAUAUAAGUAGCAAUGAUGUGGAAGUAUAGCACCCCACAGUGAGGGUGUUUUUAAUGUCUAGGAGCAACUUUCACCCUAUUAAAUCUCAAACUUCCAUUAGGGCACAAAUGCACAUGAAUGUCAUGAUAAAGUUAUGGCAAAAUUAUUCUUUAUUUACAAAUAUUUGUACCUUGACUGACUUUCAUGCGCAAAUACACACAUCUUUGACGCUGCAAUGCUAAAUCAUUACCUGGUUUCUUUUUGUGUGCCAUUUCAUAGGUUCAUAGAUUACUACUAGGCUAACUGCUCAUGUGGGAUAUUAUAAGCCUAGUCAAUUACCCCAUGUCAGAAUCAAACCCUGCACCUUGUGUCUAUAAGGUAAACACUUUAACCAUUAUGCCAAUCUCCCACUCAUUGGCACUAUAUUGCCUUUUUUAGUUCUAAAAUAAUGUUAAACAUUGUGUAAUUACAGCUGUAUGCAUUUUGUGUUCCUGUAAAAGAUGACAUUUUCUAUCAAAGUAACUUAUUACACUUCUUGCAAUUUAAUUAUUGCCCUUUUCUGGGGUCCUAUUUAUUAUUGUUAGCAAAUGGAUUUUUGGAUUUUGUAUUAUUGCUUUUAAUUUUAAUGAAUAAAUUAGUACACAUUAAAUGCUUAA